AUGGACAGCAUUGGGAAGUUAAUGCGAUUUCGUCCUCUUCUGUCAAAAAAAGCUGCUCUGAGUGGUUUCCGCCAUGCUCGUGGUGCAGGUUCAGUCGCCGUGUCGGAAGCCCGACAGAUUCUGGACAAAGAACUAGACGGAAUCCGGGAAGCCGGGACAUGGAAGUCGGAAAGAGUCAUCGUAACUAGACAAGCACCAUCAAUCAGGGUCGAAGGUCAAAGUUCAAAUAUUCUCAACUUCUGUGCCAAUAAUUAUCUCGGGUUGUCGAGUCACCCGGAAGUGAUUGAGGCCGGAAAGAGAGCUUUAGAGACGCACGGUUCAGGGGUCAGCUCAUCGCGUUUCAUUUGUGGAACCAUCGACCUUCAUGUAGAGUUAGAACAGAAAAUCGCCCGUUUUCACGGGCGAGAGGACGCCAUUUUGUAUGCCAGUUGCUUUGAUGCAAACGCUGGCAUAUUUGAGGUUUUGUUGGGCCCAGACGAUGCUGUGAUAUCGGACGAAUUGAACCAUGCCUCCAUAAUUGACGGAAUUCGUUUGUGUAAGGCGAAGAGGAUGAGGUACAAACACAGAGAUAUGGCAGACCUAGAAGCACAGCUCCAGGACGCCAAAUCUUGUCGGAUGAAGCUAGUUGUAACGGACGGUGUGUUCAGCAUGGAUGGAAACGUGACACCUUUACCAGAAAUCUGUGAUUUAGCAACUAAAUAUAACGCUUUGGUUUUCAUCGAUGAGUGUCAUGGUACAGGAUUCUUUGGCCGCACAGGAAGGGGAACAGAAGAACACUUCGGAAUGGAAGGAAGCACGGAUAUCAUAAACUCUACGUUAGGGAAAGCGUUAGGAGGAGCUGCAGGAGGAUACACGACAGGACCUAGCCAGUUGGUUAAAUUGCUUCGUCAACGGUCAAGACCAUACCUAUUUUCCAAUGCUUUGCCGCCGGCUGUUGUUGCAUGUGCAAGUAAGGCUCUUGAUCUGAUAAUGGCAAACGAGGACCUUAACAAGAGGGUACAAUCAAACACCAAACGAUUUAGAACAAGGAUGCAGGACGCUGGUUUCACUGUCGGGGGAGACCCAGUACAUCCUAUCUGCCCUGUCAUGCUUGGUGACGCCAGAUUAGCUAGUGCCUUCGCUGAUCAGAUGUUGGCGAGAGGAAUAUAUGUUAUAGGAUUCAGUUUUCCUGUGGUGCCAAAAGGAAAGGCCCGUAUCCGUGUUCAACUAUCGGCUGCACACACAGAACAAGAAAUAGACAGGGCAGUGGACUCUUUCGUAGAUAUUGGAAGGAAAUUAAAUGUCAUCAAUUAG